AUGGACCGUGCGCUGACUGAAUGGUUCAAUGAGACUGUGUUCAUGGAAAAUCUGUGGCCAGAGCCAGAGAAGUGGCUGCUGGUGGCCACACUGGCACUGGAGAUGUUCAUGGGAGUCGUGGGAAACUGUCUUGUUCUGCUGGUCAAAUUCAUGUGCAGGGGUCAGUUCUGCUGCCGCUACUGGCUUCCUUUCAUCAGUCUCACCUUGUCUGAUUUAGGUAUAAAUCACACCAUGUGUUUUUAAGGUUGUUCCCUUCUCAUCAUCUCCGGCUCCCUGAUGGCUGUGCUGACAGGAGGUCAGAGGUCACCGUGGUGUGAGGUCGUCAGUCUGCUGAAGUUUGCCUUCAUCACCUCGUCUAUCGGGAGCAUCGCAGUUCUCUGCGUGCAGCGCUCGAUCGGCACGGCGUCCACACGAGGCGCUCUCUUUGUCGUCACGGCGACAGCAUGCUUGGCGGCGUGGGUGAGCGGCGUCGUGUUUGGGAGCGUCCCCGUCGUCUACGCCUGGAUCAGGUACGACAGUGCAGAGAUGCUGUGCGCCGUCUUCUGGGAGAGCAGCUACUCAGACAUGUUGGUCUACAUUCUCUGUGCGUUCUCCCUCUGCAUCUUCCUCCCCUUCCUCCUCAUCAUCCUCUGCUCACUGCUCAGCUGCUACGGCUCCAACAGUGAUGACGAUGAUGAUGAUGACACAGAUCUGUCUGCUGUCACUCCUCUACUGGUGGCCUUCUACAUGCUCUGCUACACUCCCUUUGUUGCGUCUGAGCUGAUCCUGCUGGGUCGACUGGACCUGUCCCCAGCACCUGAUUGGUUGAGGACUCUGUCGUCAGUGAUGUCAUACCUGGACUGUGGUCUGAAUCCUCUGAUCUGCUGCUGCCAUCAGGACUUCAGGGAGGCGGGUCUAGCCCUGCUGUGGACCAAUAGGAGAGCACGGUCAGAUGAGCCGGUCCUCACUGGUGUCACUAAACACCUGCAGCUCUAA